GGUUUAACUUUUAUCAAAGAACAAAGGAGAAGGCACGAAGAACAGAAACCGAAGGGGGUCCAUGACCAUGAUUUUGGGACAUAUCCCUACAAAUGAGGAGUUUUUCCUCUCAGGGCAAGAGGGCAGAUGGUGAUUUGGAACAGGGGAGGAGCUGCAAGGAAGUUAGCGGAAGACGAAGAGGAGGAGAAGCUAAAUUUACAGACAAUCAAGCUUUUGAAAAUGGCAGAGCAGAUGUGGUGCAGCAGAAGGAGAAAACUGCCGGUGGAGAAACAAAUGGAAGGUGGUUACAAAGAUGAUACAUUUCAGCUCUGGUAGAUGGAGAGGCUGGAGUCGUGGAGAAGAAAAUGAGACUGGACAGCAGAGCACUAAGUCAAAUAGAAGAAGAGGGAGAGGAGAAGCAGCGGCAGGCGGAAAGCAGUGGUGGUGCAGCGCUGGACCCUGAAGCCUCCCUAGCUGUCAUAUUGGCAUCCUUCCACCUACCUACCUCCCCCCAACCCACCCAUCACUCUCCCACCCUACCCCACCUCCUCAUUUAUCUCGGCCUCCCUUCCCCCUCCUCCUCCCCACAUCCCUUCACCCUGCCAACUCCAUCCCACUCUCUACACUUCACCAUCCACCUGCCACCGCCUCCUCCACCCCCCAACUCCAAACUCCUCCCCCACCAACGCCUCUUUCCAACUCCACCCUCCCUGCAGUACUCUCAGAUGUUUGUAUUAUACACCCUUCAGAAGAACUGCUCCCCGUCUCUCCUCGCCUUUUCUUUGCCCCGCUCCCGGUCUCGCAAUCACGUUUGUUGUUCCAUGGACACUCAUCCGUGUUGGAUGUCCAUGAUAACGAUGUAGAUUCUGUCAAAUUCUGAUUCCAUAAAUAAAGAUGGACUAAAAAAAACGGGACUGGAACUACUGGUCACUAUCAUCAUCGACACCAUCACAGGGAACAAUCACUGCGUUCUUCACCAUCAUCACCAUCACACCACAUGUCUACCCAAAGCACCUCUGAUUGGUGCUGUGAUUGGCCAGUGGGGCAAUGUGGCAGCAAGGCUGUAUCACAUGUUACAUUCAUGGUGUGUGUGUGUUGGAACUGACGUGGAACCAUUUUUUAUACUAUAUGUGCUUUUUUUAUGUGCAGCCCUGUGAGGCGAGAGACCAAAGUGUCUCAUACAACAUGCUGCUCCUGGAACUUUAUGUGCUGUUUUAAACUUACAUGUGUGAGUGAAGCAUAAAACAUCGUUUGACUUGCUAAUGUUAUUACAUAUUCAUAAUACAGAAUUAUAUACAUAUAUAAUGUAGGGCUGCACGAUUAAUCUAAUAGCAAUUGCGAUGUCGUCAUGUGCGAUUACAUAACUAGUGGUAAAAAAGUAGCCUAUCCUAUUAUAUGAAAUUGUAAUGAAUGCAGUAUCUAAUAUACUAUUCUUAUACUAACAGUAAACUGUUAACUAAAUAUUAUACUCUUUAUUUAACACACUCAUGUACAGUUCCUUCUCCAGGUUGUGGACAGAGACUCUGCAGUGGACAGGUGUACAGUGAGCCGGUGCCAAGAUGCCAGUGUGCCAAUAUUUGCUUCUUCUAGCCGCCUCCUCCGUAGAGCAACAUGCUCCCCUCGUUCUGUUUUACAUCUGUUUUACUUAUUAUUGUUAUAAAUAUUGUUUAACUUUGCUCAAGUUGAGAAAUACUUAUUUAAAAAUGUCAAUAUUUUGUGUAUUCUUUUAUAAUUAAGCAAGUAGAUUCCAUUUGUGGUACCAUUUGUUCCAUAAUAAUCAAAUUGCAAUAUUGUCCACAAUAAUCACAAUAUGACUUUUUCUUGAAAUUGUAAAGCUCUAAUAUUACAGUGUACUAAUAUCUAAAAAAUCUGCGGUUUUCAACCUGGCUUGUCAAGUCAUUUGUGACCCCCUAAUCACAAUUCAUGGCUUUUCUGUGGAUUAAAAGUUGUGAGCAGUUCAA